AUGUCACCGAGUUUAGCAGAUGAAUCUAUAGAUAAUCAUCAAAAUGAUGUAGAUAUAAAUAGUAAUGGCAGUGUCAAUGGCAACAAUGUAAUAUUAAAACAAAUUAUAAAUAAUAGUAGUAAUAAUAAUAAUCAUCUAUUAAAUAAUAAUAAUAAUAAUAAUAGUAAUAAAGAUGACAUUGUUUUAAAUCAAUUCUUGAAUACUUUGAUAAAGUUAAAGGAGAAUGGUAUCGAUGAAACCGACACUCGAUUCAAAUCAUUGUUGCAGCUAGCUCAGCUAUAUUAUAAUAGUAGAUCGUUGAAUAAUGCCGAUCACUACGAUAACGGUUUAUCUCAACCUCCACAGACUAUAACCACUACAAUUACAACGGUAGUCACAACAAAAGAUAAUAAUAUUAAUAAUAAUAAUAAUAAUAAAGAUAAAUUAGUGGAAUUGGACAGUAGCGAUAAACAAGCGGAAGCUGAAGAGGAUGUCGAAAUGUUGAAUAUAACAGAGAAUGGUGGUGAUGAUGAUGUUAAUGAAAAAGAUAAACAGAAUGAAAAGGAUAAAGAGAACGAACCAAAAGAGAAUGGUAAUCAUACACCUUCUUCUUCUACAUCUACAACGACAACAACUACAACGACAGCUUCAAGUGGCGCUAAUGAUUCGAUUAUGACUGAUUUGGCAUCGUCGUCAAUGUCCACCACAACGACAACAACUACAAACACUAGUAACUCAACGACUACCACUACAACCACUGUCGAUAGCAUCGAAGUAGAACCAAUGAGCACCGAACAGAUUGGUGUUUUCAAAGCAGAGCUCGAUUCAUUUAAAUAUCUCUCCAGAAAUCUACCAAUGUCGACCAGAUCGAUCUAUGAAAUCGCCAGUAAUCUACCAUAUGAUUCACAACAAACACAUGAUAUCAAAUUCCAUCCAAAAGGUUUGAUUAAACUUGAUUCACUUCAACAACCAAAUCCAGAUAUACCAGAAACAAAUAAAGGAUUGUAUGAAGCGGUUCAAUCGAUUCAUGAAAGAGAGGACCGAAUCAACUCGAAAAUACACUACAGAUUGGAGGAGUUGAAAGAGUUGCCAGCCAAUAUCUUGCCAGAGUUGAAGACUAGCUCGCUCAUUGAGAUGAAGCAACUCAAGGUGUUGAGUGUACAGAAGAAGGUGAGAAGCGAUAUCGUCAGUGAGCUUGCCAGUGAGAUCUAUCUCAACUCGGUGCACCAAGAGAUCGAUAUGUUUGUUCGACCGAUCCCACGUGCCGGCAGCAAGCAGCCGUCCGACCUCAUGUACGACGUCAACAACACCCAACUCCUUCCGGACUCUGUGUUUAGCGGUGUCCAACAACGCAAGAAGUUCUUCAAUGCACUGUUUGCACACCACAAGGACUUCAAGGAGUUCCACAUCUGGAGAGAGAAGUGCUUGAAGAACGUGCUCAAAUCGAUCGCCAGAUAUCACAAGGAGAAGGAGAGACGUGAGCAAGAACGUCUCGCACAGAUUCGUAUUCGUCUGUUGCGUGAGGGUGACAACGAAGGUUACAGAGAGCUUCUAGCCAGAACCAAGAAUGAAAGACUCGAGGUGCUACUCAGUCAGACCGACACCCUAUUGGAAAAGAUUGACUUUUUGGUUCAGAAGGAAAAGAUUGACCAAGAGGAGAAAGCACUCAAGGAGCGUGAACGUACCGAGAAGGAGGAGGAAGAGAAUGCUAGAAAAGAAGGCGGUAAUCUCAAUGGAACAUCAUCAGCUGAUUUAUCCACCACAUCAACACCACCAACAACAACAACAGAUGAAUCUGAAAAGGAUAAAGAUAAUGUAGAUACUAAUAAUAAUAAUAAUAAUAAUAAUAAUGGUGAUUCCACUACAACUUCCACUACCACUACUACUACUGCCACACCAACCACUCCAGCAACUACAACUACUUCACAACCAAGCGGAACAGUUUCUACAACUAUUACAAAGAGAGCUAAUAUCAACAAGAUUGAAAUUGUCAAGGAACAACCAGAGGUUAUGUCUGGUGGCAAGUUGAAGGAGUAUCAAAUCACCGGUUUGCAAUGGCUUGUCAAUCUCUAUAAUAACAAGUUGAAUGGUAUUCUGGCAGAUGAGAUGGGUCUUGGAAAGACAGUACAGACCAUCUCUUUGAUUUGCUACUUGUUUGAGCGUAAAGUUUUGGAGCCCUAUCUCAUUGUGGCACCACUCUCUACCAUUUCCAAUUGGGAGUCAGAGUUUGCGCGUUGGGCACCGAAGCUACCGGUCAUCAUCUACCGUGGUAAGCCAGACGAACGUAAAUUACUGGCCAAGCGAAUUCCACGUAAUGGAUUCAUCGUUGUCAUCACAUCGUUCGAGUAUAUCAUUGCGGACAAGCAGAUUCUCAGUCGUCAUACCUGGUGUUACAUCAUCAUUGACGAAGGUCAUCGUAUCAAGAACAAAUCUGCCAAGCUCUCGGUACAACUCCGUCAGUAUCACAGCAAGAAUCGUCUGCUUCUCACCGGUACACCAUUGCAGAACGAUCUCGGUGAGUUGUGGUCGUUGUUGAAUUUCCUGUUGCCAAACAUCUUCAAUUCGCUCGACACUUUUGAGCAGUGGUUCAAUGCACCAUUCGCCAACACCAAGUCUGCCAAAGCCAACUCACUCAUCAAGGUCAACGAAGAAGAAUCGCUGAUUAUUAUCAAUCGUUUGCAUCAGGUUCUCCGUUAUUUCUUGCUGCGUCGUCUCAAGAAGGACGUAGAGUCGCAGUUGCCAGAGAAGAAAGAGCGUGUCAUCAAAUGCAAUUUGUCGGCCAUGCAAAUCUGUAUGUAUCGUUCCAUUGCAGAGUACGGACAGCUUCCAAUGGAUCCAAACUCUGAGAUCUACAAAAAAUCGAAAACCAAGAUGCGUGGAUUCAACAAUGUCGUCAAACAACUCCAAAAGGUAUCGAAUCAUCCAUAUCUCUUCUUGACAGAGUGGGAUAUCAACGAAGAUUUGAUCCGUGCCAGUGGUAAGUUUGAUAUGAUGGAUCAGAUCCUGAUAAAGAUGAAGGCAAGCGGUCAUCGUGUGCUUAUCUUCACUCAGAUGACAGAGAUUAUCAAUAUCAUGGUAGAGUACUUCUCGAUACGUGAUUGGGGCUACUUGCGUCUCGACGGUUCCACCAAGCCCGAAGAACGUUCGCGUCUCGUCGUCGAGUGGAACAGAAAGGAUUCGCCAUACUUUAUCUUUGUACUGUCGACACAUGCCGGUGGUUUGGGUAUGAAUCUUCAGACUGCAGACACCGUAAUUAUCUUUGAUUCCGAUUGGAAUCCACAGAUGGAUCUUCAGGCACAGGAUCGUUGUCAUCGUGUCGGUCAAGUCAACCGUGUCAAUGUCUUCCGUUUGAUCUCAGCCAGCACCAUUGAAGAGCGUAUUUUGGAGCGUGCAACCGACAAGCUCGAUCUCGACGCCAAGAUCAUUCAGGCCGGUAUGUUCAACACCUACUCCAAUGACCAGGAGCGUCGUGCCAAGCUAGAGGAGUUCCUUCAUGGAUUCCCCAACAACACCACCGACGAAGUACCAACCGAUUUAGAGGAGGUCAACCGUUUGAUUUCCAGAGAUGACGAGGAGUUCCAGCAGUUCCAAGAGAUGGAUGCUGAGCUGGCGAAAAACGAAAAGAAAUCGCCAAAGAAGAAGUCACACAAGUCGCGUCUCAUGUCGGAGCAAGAGUUGCCAGAGUGGAUGCUACGUAAUCCGGUGGAAGAGGAAGAGGUAACUCCAGCUCAUCGUCGUCGUUCCAUCAUCAAUGCGGAUGCUGUCGAUGACUUGACGGAGAUUCAGUUUGCACAGAUGGUAGAGAUGGGUAUGAGCAUCCCAGAGUACAAGGAUUAUAUCAACAAUCGUAAGAUAAGAAACAAGAAGAAGAAGGAAAUGAGAAGAAAACGUGGACGUCCAUCGACUCGUGGAGAAGGAGAAGGCGAGGGUGAGGAAGAAGAAGACGAUGACGAUGAUGACGACGAUGAGGACGACGACGACGAAGAGGAAGAAGAAGUAGUCAUCGAAGAGGAGAACUCAGAACCCGAGGUCAAAGUACCAAGAAAGAGAGGUAGACCACCAAAGAGAGCACACAAAGAAAUUGUCCAGCAAUCGGCACGUGACGAUGAGAACACUGGCGACGAAGAAAAGGCUGGUGACGAUGACUCUGGAAACACUGUUGUCGACGAAACAGCUGUCAAAGAAGAAGGUGAAGCCACACAUACACCUGGCCGUAGAGGUAGAAAGAAGUUGAAGCCCGACACUCCAAAUGGCGGUAGUCCAACAACAAUCCCACGUUACCCACCGGCACCAACCCCGAAAUCCGGUCGUGGAAGAGGACGUCCACCCAAGGUUGACAGAGGAGAACACAACGUUGUCAUCAGUCACAGUCCAUCGAUCGAUCAGGACAAGUCUGACAAUCACGUUGUCGAAGAGAACGCCAGUCCACUUUCACCUACCAGAUCCAAUCGUAAACUCACAUUUACCAUUAAUAAUAGUAAUAAGAGUGGUAAUACUAUUGAUCAACCAAUUUCACCAGGUUCACCAACUUCCACCACCACCACCACCAAUAAUAACAAGAUGGAUGUUGUCACACCUGACAAUGGUACACCCUAUAAACCAAGACGUGCAUCUGCCGCUUCAAACAACACCCCACUAUCACCAAGAGAAUCAUCCAAUAGCAGCAGCAAACCUACAGCUGUAGUCGACCCAAGUACUCUCGAUGACCAAGGCAAGAUGCAGUUGGUUUGGGACAGAGUAAGACACGCAAAAGAACGUACCAGAAAGCUUUCCACUAUAUUUUUGGAGUUACCAGGCCGUGACGACUAUCCCGACUACUACAAGGAGAUCAGUAACCCCAUCUCAAUGUCGGAAAUCAAAGAAAAGAAAUACUCAACACCAAAAGAGUUUGCACAAGACUGGAAACUAAUGUUUGACAAUGCAUUGAUUUACAACGAUCCUUCCUCACAGGUCUACAAAGAUGCUCUAACUCUUUAUAAUAAUAUUUUCGCUUCAUCAAUGAAAGAGUUGUUUAACGAUAUAGUUAUAGAAGAUCUAAACAAAAUAUAA